AUGUGCUCCUUGGUGUCCCAGGAGCCAGUACUGUUCGACGGAACUAUCAGUGACAACAUCAGAUACGGGCGACUUGACGCCACACAGCAGGAAAUCAAUGAUGCUGCUCGAAAGGUGGGUGCUUGGCAGUUCAUCAGUUCUUUACCGGAAGGAAUGCAGACAAGAGUUGGAGACAGAGGUCUACAAUUAUCAGGUGGUCAAAAGCAACGAGUUGCAAUCGCCAGAGCAGUUAUCAGGAAACCAACUGUCAUGCUUUUUGAUGAGGCUACAUCUGCCCUGGAUAAUCUUCAUGAGGAAGAAGUACAGCACGCUAUCGACCUCGCUUCUGAAGGACUCACUACAAUAACGAUUGCCCAUAGGCUGUCGACGGUAAAGAACUGUGACCGAAUAAUUGUAAUGGACGAAGGACGCAUCGUAGAGGAGGGUCCACCAGAUGAACUUUUAGCGAAGGAUGGCGGACAGUUUCGGCGGCUUUACAAUGACCAACGCAUGGAUUUGUUCGCCCAUGCCCAGCCUAAUUACAAGACAAGUCUCGUUCCAGCUGCUACGCCUCGCUCUGGGACAAUACUACCGACCUUACAUAGUACAGUUUCACCCUUAGCAGAUAUUUUACUUUACUGUACUGUGGUAACUAUCACAGAUCUUAUGAAGAACUUCUGA